GAGUCGCAGACGCCGGGAAGCGCAUCGAUUCGUCGACCGCCUAUCCCCAUCCGCCGCGCCGACCUCCCCCGGCUGCCGCGAGCACCCCGCCGGCGGGGCGGGCAGGCGGCUUCCGAUGGGGUAUUCGACGCGCCCGCCACCCGCGGCCAGCUUCGCCUUCCUCCUGGCGCUGCUCUUCUUCUCGCCGGUCGCGUCAGCUGGACAACCAAAAGGUGUAUGUGUUUCACCUGGUGGACGAUUUCCUGCCUUUUCAUCUGAAGGCAAGCCUCCUGGAAGGGCACCGAAGGGGCGCAGAGAUCUAGCACUGUGUAGGAUAUUCCGUCAGAAUACAUGUUGCGAUGUGACUCAGACAUUUCCUGCUCUGGUCUCUGUGAGGAACCUUGCAUUAACUGGUGAAGGCGGUCAAGAAUGUAUCCAUUUGUGGGAAUUGCUUGAAUGCUCAAUAUGUGAUCCACGCGUGGGUGUCAGGCCUGGACCUCCUGUUGUAUGUGCGUCAUUCUGUGAUAUGGUCUUCAAAGCUUGUUCAGAAUCGUACUUCUCCGUGGAUAUGAAAACACAGGCCUUAUCUCCUUGUGGUUUAGGUGACAUCCUUUGUGGCAAAGCACAUAAAUGGGUUUCUAAUGGCACAGAGUUAUGUCAUCUUGCUGGUUUCUCUGUGCAAGUUUCUGAGACCAACUCUGGUUUAGUUGAUGACACUUUCUGCUAUGGUGGUAAAGCGAGUUUGGAUUCCAUCUCUGAUUCAUGGACUUCUUCAAAAGACCGUCCAACAUUAAGCGGUGUGGCUUCUUGGAAUGUUCAAGAUUUCCAGAGAUGGGCAAGAGAUAUGCCUGUCGGUGAAAGAAUUUCAUGGGCAAUUGGAGGAAUGGUCCUCACCGCGGGCCUCAUUUUUAUCAGCAAAAGGAAAAGCUACAGUCAUCGCCAGAAGCAAGCUGCUAUUGUUCGCAAUAUCAGAUUGAGAAGGCUGGAUUCAAGAGCCAACCCACAGCAAACGAAGCAAAGCUAGGAAGACUUAGGCAACUAAGUGUUACUUGUAAAGGAUUCUUGGAUGUGUGCUUCUACCUCUUUGUGUAUCAGUAUAACCUCUCAACUGUGAACAAUAGAUUGUAGUUCAUAUUCUUCCCGGUGCUUAGAUACACGGAGGAACCUCCCUUUCAUCCUUCUGUAAAAGAAUAGUUCUACAAGUUGUCGCUAAGUUUUGCCGGAAUGCAGGACUUGUGGGCUGGCUUUAGCUCGUGUAAAUAUUAUUCGACAACAAUAACUUUUUGCUGCUAUUGGUAUC